AUGUGGCCCCUCACAUUGCGUGUUGCCUGUGAUACUGCAAGCAUCUCAGCAGCUGGGGAGAUAGGGAAUUUGAAUCCCAAACCAAGUUGCCGGCUGCCUCACACGUCCUCUCCGACCCCACAGAGAGUCACAGCCCUCGGCAAUACUGAUGGCCAUUUGAGUAAUACCUCCUGGGACAAGCCUCCGAGAGCGUCGCUUCUUCGCGAUGGCACGGCUCUCGGUCUGCGGGAUUUUAUUUCUAUCUACAUCAUUCGCAAGCUUCGGAUGUCAGCGUCAGGCCUCAUGGAUGCGUGUACGGUAGGGGGAUUUGCCUCUCCAGUCGGCGCUCAGGAUAUCCCCGACGGCCCCCCGAGUGUGACACCGAAGGGAUUAUCAUGGAUCCAGACAGUUCCGUCACGAAGGCAAUUCGCUCAUCCCUCUCCAGCGGCCGUUGAUGCAUGGGGCAGAUUCGUGGAGACAGACAGACCCCGCUGUCGCUCAGGUGAUUCGGAUGCAUUGUCUCAGGGGCUUGCAGCUCCGCCACGACAUCGCGAUUCAGGAGAAGAUUCGGCAAUUGCAAAGUCAAUCCAAGACUGGCCCCAUCUUGCAGUCCUUGAAGUGGUCAAAAGGUCUUUCUUCGCUGGGACGGGAGGCUGUCUGGAGUUCUACCAGGCCAUUUCCAAUUACACAGCGUUUGACAAAUGA